AUGAUAUCGAGUGUAUUUUUUUUAAAUCACCAUGGCGAGGUGAUCAUUGAGAAACAGUUUCGGGAGAAAUUGCCUCGUACCAUUCUUGAAGACUUCUGGUCGACUUACAUGACGCCGCUGCGCUCUGUACAUGAGGCCCCUGCGGUGACACCGUACAGUCGCUUUGCCUUUGUACAAAUUCAUCGCAACGACGUAGUUCUCUUGGCGAUUCUAACAAAUGAAGGGUUUCCACUGCUCGUGAUAGAAAUCCUGUCCUUGAUUGGCUGGGUGGUCCAGGAGUACCUUAAGGUGUUCUCUGAGAAUACACUACGUGAGAAUUUCUCCGUGGUGUAUCAGCUUUUGGAGGAGCUCAUUGACAACGGCUAUCCUUUAACAACAGAGAUGCACGUCUUGGAGGAGUUGGUGGUACCACCGACACUAGAGAACAAGUUCCGGAACGUCUUGGACGCACCGAUGAAGAAAAGGCGCCGUCAUUUAGGGGUACGCUCCGUCCCUUGGCGGGAUCCGCUGACAAGGCACACUUCCAAUGAAAUUUUCUUUGACGUUGUGGAAAAGUUUGAUUGUAUAGUCGACUGCGAGGGGAAUAUUGUGCGAGCGGUUGUCCGUGGUGCCGUGCAUGUCAACUGUCGUUUAACUGGCAUGCCUGAUGUUGUCGUCCGGAUGGCAAACCUGGACUUUGUUGAUGAUUUUGCCUUUCAUCGAUGUGUUCGUCGACAUCGAUAUGAGACGGAUCGCACCAUUACUUUUAUCCCCCCUGACGGAAAAUUUACUCUUCUGGAGUACCUUUGCAAGCCACUUCUUGGCGCGCAAGCUCCUUUCUACGUGACGCCACAGAUUACUUUUGACAAAUCGGGCGGCCGUUUCAACUGCAUGGUGGGGAUUCGUGGCGCGGGUAGCAUAGGGAAAAACAGGGAUUAUGGAAUUCAUAAAGUUGUCAUUCACCUGCCGCUUCCACCUCAAACAGAGUCGGUGCAGGUCCAUAGCAGCACUCAAGGGACUACAAAUUUCAACAAGACCCGGGGCAUCUUAACAUGGAGCGUCGGGACGCUUUUUCGUGGGACAAGUUCACUAAGCGGUGAAUUCACCUUUUCCACAGACAAGGGAGCGGAUGGUGUGAUACCAUGUACGGGCGAUUCCGCUAUUGUUGAGUUCAACAUCCCUAACCAUCUUUUGAGUUCAAUCCGUAUGGAUAGUGUGCAGGUGCUGAAUGAGAUAGGAAAGCCAUACAAGGGCGUCAAGUACGUCACACAUUCUGGACGCUUUGUAGUGCGUACGGUGUAG